UCUAUUUCUAUUUCUUUAUCUUUUUCUUUGUCUUCAUUCAUUUACAUACACGCUUUGAUAUUGUGUGGAUACAUACGAGCAUCAAUAAUACAAUGUGCGAUACAAAUUGGUGUACUUUUUGUGAUUGCGCUGUGAGCCCCCAUCUAAAUACGAUCUAUUGUUCAGAAGAAUGCUUUCGAAAGGAUGCUCAAAGUCAUUUGUAUAGUACUUUGAUUGCACAUGAAGAGGAAUUAAUGAAACAGUACAGCAAGAACAAUCAUCGUCGUCGUCGUCGUAAUAGCAAUAGCAGCAUCAACAGUGAUGAUUUAGCCGCUAUUCAUCUUGACCUCAUGUCAUCAUCCUCUUCUAGACCCUUAUUGCUAUCAGAUUCAAGUUCAGUAGCAAGUAGUCAAUCGAUUGAGACUCCUCGUUUAUUGCAUAAAAUAACAUGGAAUAAGUAGCUAAUAACAUGAUCAUAAAUUGUUGUUGUAUAAAUUUCUUUUUUUUUUUUUUUUUCCUGUAAAUAAUAAACAAUCAAGCGGGUCAAGAUUAAUACAAGUUUUAAAGUAGCUCUCGUCCUGUUUACAAAAUCACCUUUUAUGGCAGCAAUAUCCCGUUUUCGGAAAUAAUUUACAGCUGAUUUUUUCUUUGUAAACGCUAUACUUUGCUUCCGCCCUCUGCCCAAUUUUUUGAAUUAUUUUGGACACAUGUGUGAGGUUAAUUUACCCAGAACAGUGGGACUAGCUUGGUCAAGUGAUUGAUCAAACAUUAGAUGAAGUCUUUAAGUGAAUAACAGUGAGGUAUUUGAUCAAUAGCUCAAGUAAAUAAAGACAGAGAAUUUAAUGAAAUCGAAC